AUUCCACCCUCUCCUCCUCCUUCUCAACCAACUCCACGAGGGCUGGAUCGGACUGCGCUGUUGUGGACGAGCUGCCGAUGUUGGAAUUCAAAGACCUGACUCUCCGGACUCCGAGCGUCAGGAGCAGUCCCAAGGCACGUUGAUCGCAAACGCGAUGCCAUUCCUUCUUCUGAAGUCCCUGUCAUACGAUUCCGUCCACACGACGGAUCGACAACUCACUUCUUUCGGCCCAUUUUGAAGGAAGGCAACAGAUCCAGUGCAAAUGGCUCCUCCACAAGGUCAAGCCUCAUAUAAGAAACAGCCGGGGAUCCUAUCAAUAUCAAAAGAUAGGAAGUCCGUAUCAUGGACUCCGGCCCAACCGCCAGAUGCGGCGCCAACCCUGGUGCUAUCCGCAGCAAAUAUCACAAACCUCCAACAGACCCCUGAGACGAAUCCUAAGGUGAUGCUAAAGAUCUUUGCGCAGGACCCUGGACAGUCUGAACCAGUCGCCCAUGUCUUCACUUUUACGUCGACGAAAGAUCCCCGGGGAGAGGCUAACGGCAUCAAGGAGGCUCUGGCAAAUGUUAUCCAGGCGCAAAAAGCGGCUCAAACCGCUGCAGCAACUUCCUCGGCAGCAGGCCAGUCAGCCGCCAUGACAAUGGCGAACGCUAUUUCCGGCGCCGGUCGAGCAAUCAAUAUCUGGGAAGACGAUGAGCGGCUCAAAUCCGACGUCAAGCUUCAGCAGUCCUUGAUGCAAGAAGACCCAUUGCUGCAGAAGACGUUCAAGGAAGCGCUCAGUCUCAAGCCUGAGUCAAUAUCUGACGCACAGUUUAGAGCUCAAUUCUGGUCCUCUCGAGUGCAUCUCCUUCGAGCCCACGCGCUGUCCAAGAGUCAAGGGAAAGGCAGCUUCAACGUCUUGGCCGGUAUCAAAAAGGAUGAUGGCGGUCGAAUGAGUCUUAGGCAAGACCAGAUUCGUGCCAUAUUCGAACAAUACCCCGUCAUGCGAAUUGUCUACGACGAACUUGUGCCACGCAAGAUCCCUGAUGACAAAGAUUUCUGGUCAAGGUUCUUCCAGAGCCAGCUACUCAUGAAACUUCGCGGGCUCAAAUUUGAUCCAAUGAGAGAAUCCAGAGAUCAAUAUAUCGAUGUCGACCACUACCUGAACCACCCCUUAGUUACUGGUCUCCGACCUACCGCGACCGAAAUGCACAUUCCCAAGUUUAUCGAUCUGGAGGGAAACGAGGAGAAUUACUUUGGCUACGGUAAUCGGCCUGACAGUGAGCUGCGACCUACAACUCUAGACAAGGCGCCCAUCAUUCGCAAACUCAACGCGAUAAGCGAGAAGCUUAUGGCGGCUGUCAAGCCCUCGGACGUUGAUGCAUCUGCUCCCAUUGGAAUGACCGAGGCCACCUACGAGCAGCUUAAGCUGCGGGACCUUGAAGGUACUCCGGCACAGCAAAAUAUCAUUCUCAACAUCCGCGAUCAAAGUCGGUUCUUCUCUGACAGCCAGUCCGCUCAAGCCGGCGGAAAUGCCGUCGCUGACAGCAACCCUUUCCGAAACCUCGAUCCCGCCAAAGCAAUCAAAGACGUGCACGCCGAUAUUUCCGCACAUUUCGCUCAGCCCGGCGUUGGCGUCAUUCCUAUUGGUGAAUUCGAGGAGGACGAAGAUGAAGACAUGGACGACGAAGCUUCUCCAAAAGUGGAAAGCGGAUCCUCGAUUGCAUUGAAACAUGUCCUCUCCCUCAUCCGAGCCCACCGAGACCAGACCUCCCCGAUACCAGAAGCUUCUGGGCUCAGCACGGCGAUCUACGACCGACUCAGCCUCACCCAUGCCACCACAGUGGAGUUCCUACGCCAGUUUUGGGACGCGUUCUUGUCCGGAGAUCCAUCUCGCGCGAACGAAGUGGCUAGCCUCGUCGAAAGCCUCAACCGGGCACAUGAGCGUAUUAACGCUAUCGCCGAGGACGCGGAGAAGGAGAGACAGGAAAUCAUCCGAGCAAAGGAGAGAGAGCUGAACGAACGACAUGACAGGGCAGGCAAGAGACACAAGUUUCACCACAAUUCCAUCAAGGGCGGACGGCACGUGGUCCGCCAGUUGCUCGGACCUAUCAUAAAGAGUUUGGAUGUUGCUAUGAGGAUGUACAAGCAGGCCUUGGAGGAGCAGGUCAAGAAUUCAGGUGAGGGAUGAACAGUCCAUCGCACUAUUUUCGCAUCCGCCUUCAUAUCCAAAAGACGGAUCGCACCUCCAACGAAGAGUGUCGGUCUCAGCCUCGAAAAGUCUCCCCAGGAAGUACACAACAAGCCACGUCCCAGGAACCGAACAAACGAGACGCAAAUGCUCAAUCACGAGAUAUCAGUCAUCGGUCGUGGCCGGUGCGUCCGGCGGACUGUACAACAAGCUCAACCAGGUCGUCGUGAUCGGCGGAUAUGCAGCUGCACCGGACCCCCCGUCAACGGGCGACUGGGCCAUCUAUCCAAGAUCGAUCGACCAGAAAUCCCUCUUUCACCUUUCUCAAUCAAGGCUCAAACAACUCUCAGCAGCAGCAAUGAAUUUGACAUUCAAGGCCGUAUUUAGACGACUCUAUAUGGAACCGGCCCAAGAACUUGGAGGGGUCAUUGGAAUUUAGAUGGAGAGAUGUAUUUCUUCUGGUUGAUUGCCAAUGGUGAUAUAGAUUUGGAAAAAGAUCUCGCGAC